AUUGUUAUGAACCCAGUGCCGUAAAAUCAGUUACCUAUCAGACAUUGUUCUGUGAACCAAAUUUAAGUAUCCGCAAUCUGAACGUUAUAAAAAUUAGGUCGAAUAUUCAACAGAAGCAUGAAUAGAUGUUCAAAUCCUUGGUUCCUCCGCGCGGUGCGGCUGCAAAUACGUAAUCUCCACGAGAUGCGAAUCCCGUACGCCCGUCCGAUGGGCAUGAGCCAGCGGAACUUCACCCUGGAGCCGCUGGCCAACCGGGAGCUCAUCCGCAUCCACGGAGCCGAGGUGGUGCCGUUUCUUCAGGGAUUGGCCACGAACGAUGUGGCUCGGAUUCAGUCGCCCGGAGGUCCCGCCUCCAUGUACGCGCACUUCCUCAACAAAUCCGGACGAGUGCUGUACGACACGAUAUUGUACCGUACCAAUAAUCCGGACACCUUGUUGGUGGAGUGCGAUCGGGAGGCUUCCUCGGAUUUCCGGCGACAUUUGCGCACCUACCGGGUUCGCAGGCGCAUUGAUGUCGACAGUGUGGACGACGAGUAUACCACUUGGGUGAUCAUCAACCUCGAGGACCCCGCAGAGGCUGUGCCCAACCCUCAUCCAGAUUUGUUCGUAACUCCUGACCCGAGGUUGCCCGCUCUGGGCACACGCAUUCUGGCCCCCACAGACAUGGACUACACAAAGUUGGCAAAGAGUUUCUCUGAUUUUGGCACCGCCACUUCUGCCUCUGCGCAGAGCAACUACCAAUUGCUGCGCUACAAGCAAGGAGUUGGUGAGGGCAGCCUGGAACUACCUCCGGGCAAAUGCUUUCCGCUAGAAGCCAAUGUGGAUUAUUUGCAUGGUGUGAGCUUCCACAAGGGGUGCUAUGUGGGCCAGGAGUUGACCGCCCGCGUCCAUCACUCGGGUGUGAUCCGCAAGCGUUACAUGCCCAUUCGACUGACAGCUCCAAUCGAUGCGGGCUCCAACCACGAGGUCACAUCCGUGGCGGGAGCAAAGUUGGGUCGAGUGUUUGGCUCUGCCUACAAUCAUGGAGUGGCCUUGCUGCGGAUCGAGAAGGUUCUGAAUGGCCGUCCGGAACUGAUGAUCGAUGGCGAGCGCUGCUAUGCCGAACGGCCGGAUUGGUGGCCGGAGGAUCUGCCCGGGAAGCGUCGUCUGGCGUUCGCUGAAUGACCCACCAGCUGAUUUGAGCCGCUGUUUGUUAUUUUGCCAUUAGUUAUAUUGUUGUUAGUGUAGUAAACGUAACUAGUCCUCACCAAA